AUGGCAUCCAAACCCCCCGUUCGGACGCCUAUAUCCUGCACAUUUUGUCGUCAGAAAAAGUUAAGAUGUGACCGUCUCCAGCCUUGUAGUAGCUGUACCAAGCGUGGGUUAGGAUGCGUAUAUGCUCACCCUGCCUCAGCAGCUCCACGGAGGAAUGGGCCUGCUCAGCCCCGGCAGUUGACCCAACGGAUCCGCCAACUGGAGGAUCUGGUGGUAGCUUUGCAAAAGGGCGAACCCCCCCAAACGGUAGAGAACCCAGUUCACCUGGCGCAUAAGAGCGAUUCUUCCCCGGCUGCUAGCCCAGAGACAGUGGCCAACUCCUUUGGUAGCCUGCGGGUCGAUCAGACGGGGAUGACUUAUGUCUCAGGGGCUCAUUGGACCGCACUGCAAGACAGUAUUGCCGAGCUCAAAGAGUGCGUCGAGUUAGGGCCAUCAUAUCUGCCUUUGCGGUGUGAUAACGGGUCCGCCCUUCUCCGAGGGGUGUCUCCGCCCGGCGGGAUAGCGGAGGUCCUGAGUCACCUCCCGCCAAGACCGACCGUAGAUCGGCUGGUGUCACGAUUUUUCAGCUCUAUGGAGCCGGGUGUUCUUGUCCUGCAUGCCCCGACAUUCCAGAAAGAAUAUGACCAAUUCUGGACUCAUCCACAAGAUGUCAAUCUGGCAUGGUUGAGUAUUCUAUUCAGUAUCAUGUGUCUGGCGAUCCACCAUCACCAGCUCACUGAGGGCCACAGACCAGACCCGAUCGGUGACACCCACGGGCUGUGUGAUGAUUUUCGGCAACAAGCUGCCUAUUGCCUCAUUGAUAACAAGUAUACAGCUCCGACGAAAUAUACCAUAGAGGCACUAUUGUUCUACGCGCAAACGGAGUAUUUUCGGGGCGAAGAGUUUCAUCACGAGGUCUGGUUGUUAAUGGGAAUGAUCAACCGCCUGGCCAUGCGGGCUGGCCUUCAUCGGGACGGUUCCCGCUAUCCAGAGCUCUCAUGUUUUGCAGCCGAAAUGCGAAGACGUAUAUGGACGCUCAUGUCCCAACUGGAUGCACUCAUUUCGUUUCAGUUGGGUCUGCCCCGAAUGAUCUAUGACGGGUUAGCAGAUACACAACCGCCACACAAUCUCCUAGAUGAGGACUUCUCUGAGGACUCGACGAGCUUGCCACCAGCACGUCCGGACACAGCAUUUACCCCGGUGGCUUAUCUGAUUGCGAAAAGUCGACUCUCCAGGGUAUUUGGUCUCGUGAUUGACCAUGCUGCAUCCACCGCGCCUAUCCCGUCCGCACUGAUUUAUCAACUCGACAAUCAACUGAAUGAGUCCUAUGCCGCAGUCCCAGUAUGUCUCCAAUUCCGUAGCGUAUCUGAGUCUGUUACGGCAUCGCCAAGUCUCGUCAUGCUGCGCUAUAACCUGGAAAUUCUGUAUCAGAAGACGCGGUGCAUCCUACAUCGCAAGUCCCUCUGCGAAGGCCGCUCAGAUAUUCGGUAUGCAGAGUCUCGACGUAUCUGUCUUGACGCAGCAGUGAAUAUUUUGCAGCAUCAAGCGACUAUUGAUGGUCAGGUUCAAGCAGGAGGAGUGCUAGCGCAAUGUCGCUGGUUCGUGACUUCCUUGGCCACGAAUGAUUUCAUGCUGGCGGCGAUGGUGGUAUGCCUGGAGCUCCACAACCUCGAGCGGGAAGGUGCACAAGGCGGGCAGGCUGGAACGCCGAGAAAGGACGAUCUGCUUCUUGCCCUCCAAACUUCACAGAGGAUCUGGUCACAAUAUAAGGAUGAGUCAGCGGAGGCCUGGCAAGCCUGGCAGUCAACUAGUAUCAUGCUGAGGAAGCUGAAUGCCCCUGUGCUUUGCAGUGUAUCCCCAUCAGAUAGCAGCAACGGUGGCGGGAAUACCAAUGGCCACAGCACCACUUCCACGGAGACCGAGACAGAUAGAUUCGAUCCAAUGCUAGGAAUUACCCUUGAUUCUCAAAAGGAGGGGUCAAUAUCUGUGGCAGAGCCCAAGAUGCUAUCGUCGACCGAGCCCGAAUUCGAUCUAUCGCGCCUGCCAAGUGAGCUUGUGAAUAUGUGGGACUUUUCUGGUGACAUGAGUUGGCUUGCCAUGUAA